CUGAAACAUAAAUUCUCAGUUUGGUUCUGAAGAAGCUGACCCAACUCCUCAUUUGCUUCAUUUGUGGGGAAAGGAACUUCAUUUCUGCUCCACAAGCUGCUUUUGCAUUACUAAUGGCAAAGACAGGAUACAAACUACAGGAAUUUGCAGCUCAUUCAGGAAAUGUAAACUGUUUAAAAAUUGGAAGGAAGGCGAACCACCUUUUCAUUACAGGAGGGGAUGAUUGCAAUGUCAAUCUAUGGAUGAUUGGGAAACCAACCUCUCUAAUGAGUUUGUGUGGUCAUACUAGUUCAGUAGAAUCAGUGACUUUUGACUCUGCAGAAGUGUUGGUUCUUUCUGGAGCAUCGUCAGGGGUAAUAAAGCUUUGGGAUUUGGAAGAAGCAAAGAUGGUUCGCACUCUUACCGGACACAAAUCUAAUUGCACUGCUGUUGAGUUUCAUCCAUUUGGUGAGUUUUUUGCAUCUGGCUCCUCGGACACUAAUCUAAAUAUUUGGGAUAUCCGAAAAAAAGGAUGCAUUCAAACAUACAAGGGUCAUAGCCAGGGCAUCAGUACUAUCAAAUUCAGUCCAGAUGGCCGUUGGGUUGUUUCUGGUGGAUUUGAUAAUGUUGUGAAGGUCUGGGAUCUAACAGGUGGAAAGCUCUUGCAUGACUUUAAGUUCCACAAAGGACACAUUAGGUCCCUAGAUUUUCAUCCUCUUGAGUUUCUUAUGGCUACAGGUUCAGCAGACAGAACAGUGAAAUUUUGGGAUUUAGAAACCUUUGAACUGAUUGGAUCUACCAGACAUGAGGUAUUGGGGGUACGCUCAAUAGCUUUUCAUCCUGAUGGACGAACUCUAUUUGCUGGACUUGAGGAUAGCUUGAAGGUGUAUUCAUGGGAACCUGUUAUAUGUCAUGAUGUUGUUGACAUGGGAUGGACAACGCUUGGCGACCUAUGUAUUCAUGAUGAGAAGCUUUUGGGUUGCUCGUUCUACAGUAAUUCUGUUGGAGUAUGGGUGUCAGAUAUUUCGCUUAUAGAGCCAUAUAGUGGUGGCUUGGAAACUGAGAAAAAAGAAAGCACAGAGCAGGAACUUGGUCUCCAGGGAAGACAAAUGGAGAAAGUAGAAGCUAGUGUGGGACUGACUUUUGGGUUGUGCAGUAUGUCUCCUGACAAUGACUCAAAAGAGAUAAAGAAUAUAUAUAUAGACUCUUCUGGAGGGAAUCCCGAUACCUUACUAAGAUCCAGGUCUUACAAUUCUCCAAAAGUAGAUCUUCCUGAGGAAUCCAAAGAAAUGCUAAACUGGAGUCCUGCAACAAGAGCUCGAGAAAAACAAAAUGAAGCACUUAGAAAGUCUUACAUUGUGCCAAACGUUGUACAUCGGGACAUUCUCAAUGAUUUGGAUUCCGGAACAGUUUGUGAUACUAUAAGCAAAUCUGACAGUGCAAAAAAUCCUACCUUCCAAAUGAAGCUAGGAUCCCAGAAUGAAGUCAGAGAAUCUGUUGAGGAUAAACAUCCUAUCAAAAGUGUCACAGAGAAGCUUGAAAAAACUUUAACACCAGACAGAUUUUCUGACCAAGAGAAAUGUAAUCAAUCCUCUCCUUACAGCAAAGAGAUGAGUCCAGUUAAAUAUGUCAAUGGAGUUGCAGUUUUACAAGGAAGGACCCGUUCUUUGGUUGAGAGGUUUGAAAGAAGGGAAAGAACUCCCAUCAAUGAGGAUCAAGCUAAUGCAACCCCCACCACAAUAUUUGAAAAUAAGGAAAAAAAAUUCAAAGAUCAAACUAAUGCAUCCCCCAUCACCACCCCAACAUCUGAGAAGGGGGAAAGAAUUCUUGUCAAUGAAGAUCAAAACAAUACGUCUGCAAUUUCCAACACAACCAGUGAAACUGACACGUCUGCUAACUUCUUGAAAGUUGAACCUCAAGUUUUUGGAAGGGAUUCAAACUCCGCAAAUGAUGGAGAGAUAAUUGAAGGUCUGAUGCAAACUCAUGAUGUAACAUUAAGUAAUCUUCGUUCACGUUUGACAAAAUUACAGGUAGUGCGACAUUUUUGGGAGCAGAAUGAUACUAAAAGUGCCAUCAGUGCUUUGAGAAAAUUGCCUGAUCUAUCUGUUCAAGCUGAUGUUAUCAGUGUCCUUGUUGAGAAGAUGGAGAUUCUCACCUUAGAUUUAUUUUCUUGUUUACUUCCUGUGCUCACAGGUUUGUUGGAUAGCAAUAUAGAAAGACAUGUGAAGGUGUCACUGGAUAUGCUGCUUAAGCUUGUGGCAGUUUUUGGUCCAACAGUACGUUCAACCAUUUCAGCACCUCCCUCUGUUGGGGUUGAUCUACAUGCAGAGCAAAGGCGAGAAUGCUCCAAUCAGUGCUUUAUGCAACUGCAAAAGAUUCGGCUGAUUCUUCCAAUAUUAAUACGGAGGGGUGGCUUAUUGGCCAAGUCUGCGCAAGAGCUGAAUUUAGUUCUUCAACAACCCUAACUAAAGGUGAACUUCAGCCAACUCAUGAAUGAGUGACUUGGCUUAACCUGCUGUUUAGCAGGAUUGUGCACAAAACAUGAAGCCUUCAUGUUUCCUUCCUUAUUAGGAAUAAGAUUUUGUUUAUCAAUUUUAUUUCCUUUCACAUUUCUUUUGGAUGAUUUGCACUAGUGACGGUUGUCAUCGGCUUUGUUUAAUGGCAGAUAAUUAUAUCAAGUGGGAUAUGUGUGAGAUUUCUGAGUGAAUUAUUUGACCUUGUGCUUAAUUGCUUGAAGGUGGAAGGGAAGCAGUCAUCUAAGUAUAUUGGUCUUCUACUAUUCCCAAGGCUUGUGUUCCUAACAUUGAACUUGUGCUGGUCUUCAACUGUAUUUUUUUUUUUAAAAAAAAAAGAAAACUCUUCAUUCUACUUAUUACAGCUACUGACCCCAGCAUGUUUACUCAACUGGGGUUUGGUGCACCUUGGCAAGGCCGGGUGCCAAAUGAGUAAAUGUAUUAGUCUGCUGUAUUUAGCAUCUGUGCAAAAUUCCUUGUAUAUGCAAUAUUCAAUGAAAUGUACAUUUUUU